AUGGCGAAACAGUCCCAUAACGAGGAUGACGACUGCACGUCUUCUAGGGUUAGCGACAGCAUGAUUCUAAGCAGCGGCCACGGGAACAUGGACGGGGAGAAAGGGUCGGACGGUGGGGAUACGAGAGACGGCGUGUCGAAUAUGAGACGAGCCGCCACGGAUUUGCCACGAACCAAGUCGCCCUACACCCGGCGGUCCGCGUACCUGACGGGCCGGCAACGCGCGGCCGUCGCGUCGAGAUUCUACAACGAGCUGAAGCGGAACACGCUAGUGGGGGAUGACUACAAGGUGCAGAUCCAGACGGAUAAUUUCCCUCGGGAACUCCAGGAGGAGUUUCUGCAUAUGUUCGCGCAGCCGCAGGACCAGGCGGGGCGCGAGGGCGAGGUGAUUGCGCCGCGCGCGGCGGAGAGCGUGGGGAAGCUGAACAUCUGCAUACUGAUCGUGGGCACGCGCGGGGACGUACAGCCGUUCAUCGCGAUUGGUCAGAAACUGAAGGUGCGGCGCGCGGGUGGGAAAGGGCGCGGGUUGGGGUGGGUUGGAGUUGGUUGCUACGGGCACUGCGUGCGGCUUAUGAGGCGACUCUUUAAGCUCCCUUCUCCCCUCAUGCCAUCCGCGUUCACUCCCCAUGGCAGGGCUACGGGCACCGAGUGCGGCUGGCGUCCCACAGCAACUACUGAGGCGCCUCAAACACCCCCCCCCCUCAAUGCCAUCCGCCCUCACCCCCCCUGGCAGGGCUACGGGCACCGCGUGCGGCUGGCGUCGCACAGCAACUACCGCGAGUUCGUCACCGCGGGCGGGCUCGAGUUCUACCCCCUGGGCGGCGAUCCCAAGGUGCUCGCUGAAUACAUGGUGAAGAACAAGGGUUUCCUGCCGUCGAGCCGCAAGGAGGUGCUACAGCAGCGGCGGCAGCUCAAGUCAAUCAUCUUCUCCACCUGGCCCGCCUGCACCCAGCCCGACGUUGCCAGCAAUGGCCCCCCUUUCCGCGCCGACGCCAUCAUUGCCAACCCCCCCGUGUACGGUCACACCACAGUGGCAGAAGCACUGCAAGUGCCGCUACACUUGUUCUUCACCAUGCCAUGGAGCAUGACGACAGAGUAUCCCCAUCCGCUGGCUGGCGAGAUGCCCGCCUACACAGGCUACGAGAACCAGCUAUCGUACGUAGUGGUGGAGGGGCUGAUGUGGCUGGGAGUGAGGGACUUCAUCAACAGUUUCCGCAAGAAGCUCAAGCUGCCGCCCAUCCCUCUGCGCAACCGCCCCAAGAUGCGCAUCCCGUUCGGCUAUAUCUGGAGCCCCACUCUCGCCCCCAAACCCCACGACUGGGGAAACCUAAUAGACGUGGUGGGAUUCUGCUUUCUCAACCUAGCGGAACACUACUCGCCUCCCGCACACAUCCAGCAAUGGCUUGACUCGGGCCCGCCCCCCAUCUUCAUCGGUUUCGGCAGCUUGCCAGUAUCAGACCCCAAGGGGCUGACUCAGAAGUUUGUGGAGGCACUGCAGCGCACGGGGCAGCGCGGGAUACUGCAGGAGGGCUGGGGCGGGCUGGGCAAGAUGGAAACACCCAAUGAGAACGUGCUGGUGAUAGGCAACUGCCCGCACGACUGGCUCUUCCCGCGAUGCAGGGCUGUGCUGCACCAUGGGGGGGCUGGCACCACUGCUGCCGGGCUCAAGGCCGCGUGUCCCACAACCAUCAUCCCUUUCUUCGGUGACCAGCCCUUCUGGGGGGCACGCGUGCAUGCAGCGGGGGUGGGACCAGAGCCCAUCCCCAUUGGCUCGCUCACACUUGACAAGAUUGUUGCAGCCAUUGAGUUCAUGAUCCGAGACGAGCCCAUCCCCAUCGGCUCGCUCACGCUCGACAAGAUUGUUGCAGCCAUCGAGUUCAUGAUCCGAGAUGAGCCCAUCCCCAUUGGCUCGCUCACACUCGACAAGAUUGUGGCAGCCAUUGAAUUCAUGAUUCGGGAUGAGGGCAAGGGAGGCUCUCUAGGUCCACCCGUCUGCAUGCCCCCUCCAUCCCUCCGCCCCUUGCGGCUUGCAUCUAUCCUCUCUCUGCCAGGUGGUGGCAGCAGCGAGGGGGCUGGCGGGCAAGAUAGGCAAGGAGGACGGGUGGACGGGGCAGUGGAGGCUUCUUUGGUGGUAGCAGCUGCGAGGGAGCUUGCUUGCUUGCCUACCACUCCCAGGAGCAGUGCACGCCCUCCCUCAUUUCUACUUCUCUAUUCACCCACGUUGCAGGUGGUAGUAGCAGCUAAGGAGCUGGCAGGCAAGAUAGCCAGGGAGGACGGGGUGGACGGGGCUGUGGAGGCGUUUCACAAGCACCUGCCGCCGGGGUACCACUCCCAGGAGCAGUGCACGCCAUGGCUCGAGGCCUCUCCUGGUGCGGACUACGGGUCAGACUGUUCUUGCUGGCCGUGGAGCUGCGGGGAGGCUGGUGAGGCGGAGGCAGAAGAGGAGAAAAAGAGUUAG